UCCAUGGCGGGUAUGAACAAAUUACAAAAUAACGAGAACGGAUUGCCACCAUCCUACCCUAAAAGCACAGCUAGUAGGAGUUCGGCCAUUUCUGUGGGGGUUUCAGCGAUCCACCCUUUGACUCCUGGUUCACUUCAAGGUUGGAUGAAACCUCGCUUCAUGAACCCUGGUGGCAGUGGGGCCGGUAGCAGUGGUGGCACUAAGCCCUAUUUUUCACAUUUUGAUCCUAAAACUACUACCUUACCAAUGGUAAGUGAUCUUAAUAACCAGAAAAGCCAAAACCCAUUUCUACGGUCUGAUAAGAAUCCAAUGCCUACUGGCGAUAAUAUUAAUUCUGCCAAAACUCAGCCAGUGAGUGCUGCCCUCGACCCUAAAAUGGAGGGAAAAAGGCUUAGGAGGAUUGUUUCAAAUCGGGUCUCUGCUCAGAGAUCUAGAAUGAAGAAGCUUCAGUAUAUUAAUGAUAUGGAGAAGAAGGUGAAAGCUUUGGAGGCUGAGAUAUCCGCGCUCAGUCCUCAGGUGACACUUUAUAAAAACCACCAAAAAAUGUUGGAAAUGGAGCACAAGAGAUUGACUCAACGUGUGGCCACUUACACAAACCGCAGCUUGCUCAGAAACGCUGAAAUUGCACAGAACAAAGCGGAAGUCACCAGCCUGAGGCAACUUCACCUGACUCAACUGCAGGAAAGAAUGCAAUUGUUCCCGUUUUGGGAGUCUGUGGGGCUGGAGGAAAUGGCUUUUAUGAAUUCAAACCAAGGCCAAUAUGGAGGGAACACAGAAGUGAUGAAUAGAAUGAAGCAACUGGCAGCCGAAUGUGGUGGUCAGUAUGCCGAAACUAAUGGGAUUGACUGGCUCAACGUGGACCUGAUGCAACCGCAAAACCCUGGACAGAUGACGAUGAUGCCUGGCUGGGAACUUGGUCUGCAAAUGCAGAUGUCGAGUCAAGCUGAGCCUCCACCGAUAGACAAUAUGAACUUCAACCUCGGUGGAAUAGAGCAAUUCCUCAGCUUGAAUGGCGGCCAGAAUUUUUAAUCCUCUUAAGGGGUUCAUCGUAUCAUCAAAAUCAUUGAGGUUUAAAUUUUCUUGCGUCGUAAACCCUUAUGUUUAAUUUCCUUUUCAGUGCUUGUCGCAUGCUUCGUGUUUUGCAUGCAUGAAUAAUGGUUUGAACAGUAUGUAUGUCUGCUGUGUUUUGGGUCCUGGAUUAUUCUGUUUUGCAAGGAAAAGUUUAUAUUUCGGAGCCUUUCUUGUUCUGGGUACCGUAAA